AACCAAUUGAUUAGUCAACGCGUCUGGACCUCUUUCCUCCUCUUUUCUUUGAAUUUGUUGCCCUGUGCUGCUCUGCUUCCUGAGAAAUUUUUUAGCCUCUCUCUCUCUCAACAACCAACCAUUCCCCUCUCGACCUUUCCGAAUGGAACAAACCCUCCAAGUCAUCCUCAUCGCCGCCGGCGCCUUGGUCGUGGUGAUCAUGCUCUUCGCCGCUGCAGCAUGCGCCGUCCGGAGGAAAAAUCGCGGCGAAAUCCCAAUCACUCGGCCCCUGGCCGCAACGGGGCCGUCCUCCACGUUCGACCUGAAGCAGGUCUCCAUGGCGGAGCUCGAGAAGGCGACCCACAACUUCUCCCCCGACCUCAUCAUCGGCCACGGCAGCUUCGGUAUGGUCUACAAGGCCCGCCUCCCCCACGCCGGCCUCAGCACCGUCGCCGUCAAAAAGCUCAGCCCGGAUGCCUUCCAGGGCUUCUGCGAGUUCCGGGCCGAGAUGGCAGCCCUAAGCAAGCUACGCCACCCAAACAUCGUCACCAUACUUGGUUUCUGCGACACAGGGUCCGACAGGGUCCUUGUUUAUGAGUACGUCGAGAAUGGCAGCCUCGACCAGUGGCUGCUGCUCGCCAGAAAACAAGAUCUUAUCAAGAUUGCCGAGACGCCCAGGUCGAGGCUGCCUUUGUCUUGGGAGACCAGCAUUAAGAUUGCCGAGACGCCCAGGUCAUCGAGGCUGCCUUUGUCUUGGGAAACCAGAAUCAAGAUUGUCAGAGGCGUAGCCAGUGGUUUAGCUUACAUGCACAAUUUACAAACACCCAUUAUCCACAGGAACAUUAAGGCGAGCAAGGUCUUGUUGGAUAGUGAUUUUGAGCCACACAUUGCUGAUUUCGGUUUUUCCAGGAUAAUCGACGGCUCACUUUCCCACGUGUCCACCCGAGUCGCCGGAACGAUGGGAUACAUGCCGCCCGAGUACAUCCAGGGCGCCACCAUGGCGACCGCCAUGGGGGACGUCUACAGUUUCGGGAUACUCAUGCUGGAAAUCUCCACGGGGAUUCGACCCGAUUUGCCGUUUAAGGAGGAGAGAAACGGGAAGGAAGUGAGGUUGGUUGAAUGGGCUAGAGAAAAGUUGGCUCAAAAUCUACACAUGGAAAUUCUUGACGCUAAUAUCUCUCGGGCAGGGCUAGAGCAAUCCGGGGUUGUUGAGUUUCUCCGGAUUGCUUUCUUGUGUGCCAGUGACUCGUCCAUGGAUAGGCCGCCCAUGAGGGAGGUGGUGGAGUUGUUGAAUCAGAUUCCGACUUGAAACCGCACUUUUGGCUACGGGACUUGGUAGGAAACGUGAAAAAAGAAGCAUGAAAAUGUCCGUAAAAAAGAUUGAACGGUUCGGAUUCGCACUCGGUGUGCAUUCUCUUUCAUGAACACUUUCAUGUGUUCUGUCAUGUAUCCUAACAUUUCGGUUUCCUUGAUAAGGCUUAUAUAUAUAGUUAGGUUGAUCUCUACAUAGUUUCAUUUAUCAGAUCAUUUGAGAUAAUAAUUGAGGGAAGAAUGCUUAGUCGUUAUUAUCUUACUAGACGCCAGGAACUUGCGAUGCGUGUGCAAGUUGAUUUUUGUGAAAUAGGAUUACUAUAUAAAAAUAAGGGGGUGUUUGGGAGCCUGCUUUUUGGCUUUUCAUUUUCAACUUUUUGUCUUUUUAGCUUUUGGGAUUAUGAUCAGAAUGUAUUUUGUAUUUGAUAGAGUGUUUGGAUGAUAUAUACAAAAUGCAUUUUGCAGCAGGAAUAGUGUUUGGGAGAUAUGGAAUGCAAAUGAAUUAUUGAUUGAUUUUUUACUAUGUUGCCCCUGUUAUUAAUAAUGGUUAUAAAUAAUAUUUUAAUCUAA